AUGUGGAAGGUCUGGGGAGGCAAGUUUUCCCUGAUAUUCCUGAUAUCUGCUCAGACAGUGGGAUACAUCUAUCUUAUGAUGUCGCUGCAAUACAACAAGCCACCUCCUCCCGAAACCAAGCCUGAACGCGUGCACAUCCUCAUCCUCUCUACGUGGAGAUCGGGUUCCUCCUUCACCGGUCAAAUCUUCAGUCAACACCCCGAUGUCUUCUACUUGAUGGAACCUACGUGGCACGUGUGGCACUCCUUGCCACAUCACAGCGUUAAAGUCUUACAAAUGGCCGUGCGGGACAUGGUCCGCUCCAUCUUCUCAUGCGACAUGUCAGUAUUUGAUGCCUAUAUGCCACAGAAUAGGCUUAAGUCCACUUUAUUUCAGUGGGAGACCAGCCGAGCUUUAUGUUCUCCGCCAGCCUGCAACGUUUUUGGGCGUGGUGACAUCGUAUCCCAGAACGAUUGCCAGAAGUUUUGUAAAUUGUACCCGUUUGAUACCGUUGAGACCUCAUGUCAUACCUACAGCCAUGUGGUAGUAAAAGAAGUGAGGUUCUUCAGUUUGAAGAGUCUUUACCCACUGUUCAAAGAUCCGUCUCUUAACUUCAAAGUUCUUCACUUGGUGAGGGAUCCACGAGCCAUCUUCCAGUCCCGAGAGAGGGCGGCUGGUGAGCUCCAUUCCGAUAACAAUAUCAUUAUGAAGGGCUUAUCGGGAAACAAAUCUAGUGAUGAGGACCUACCCUAUAGACUGAUGGAAACGAUAUGUAAGAGUCAAGUAGACAUAUACCUUGCAGCCACCAAUGGCAACCACAGUGGCUUGGAUAGUCGCUAUAUGAUGGUACGUUAUGAAGACAUAGUACAGAACCCUAUCGAGAAAACUAGGCAGAUGUAUGAAUUCGGUAAUCUUACUUUUACCCCCAAACUUCAAUACUUGAUACACAAUUUAACCCAUGGAAGUGGCCAAGGGAGUAAGUUUGUUAUCAACUCCAGAGACGCGGUCAAUGUCUCUAGAGCAUGGCGGAAAUCUCUCCAGUUUGAAUCUGUCCAAAGGAUACAAGACGUGUGUGCUGGGGCGAUGGAAGUUUUUGGGUACAAAUCUGUUAAAAGCCAAGAAGCGCAAAAUGACUUAGAUUAUGAAUUAUUGCUGCCUAGAAGUGAAAGAGUAAAAAAAACAUCCCAUCUUGAAUGA